GUACGAUGAUGUACGAGCGCUGCCUGUGGAUGAGGAAGCUGCUAGGCUGCUCUCCCGCUGCUGGCCUCGCAUGCACGACGUGUACGUGCUGGGGGCGGUGGCCCUGCACCACCACCCCCGCCGCCGCACACCCCACGGCCAGCUCCGCGCCCCGCCUUCUAACCCCGUGCAAAACCCCUCGCCAUCACAACAACAACAACAACAACACCAGCAGCAGGAGCCCCAGCAGGCCCUCCCCAUGACGUCUGGGUUAGCAGCAUGCGCACACGCCACCCGCCCCGAUCCGACCCCAUCCGGAGC